CCAUCCAGAAGCACUAGCACUCUAGCAGGGUGGUGGAUAGGCGCUGGACCGGGAGCUAGCAUGCAUCAUCAGAUGGCGAAAACGCGCGACACCAUGCCGAUCGCUGGACCGCAGUAGCUUUCUGACACAGCCCACAAACCAAGGAGCUGCGUGCGGGCCGGGGUCGAUCACCUUAAAUUUCUGAAACGCGCGGCCCCGUUCGAUCGGCUGGACCAGCUGCUGCUCCUCCCAGUUCCAUCGAAAUGGCAAGAGCUCCUCCUCCUCCUCCUCUGCACCGGCUCCCUGCUCUUCUCGCCGCCCUGUGCCUUGCCGUGGCGGUUUGCUUCUCCGGCGUCGUCGAAAAUGCUGCAGCGGCGACCCUAGCGGCGGACAGGACCGGCAGGAAGAUGGUCGGUGUUCACGAGCUCAGGAUGGGAGAUUUCUCCAUCAAGGUCACCAACUGGGGGGCGACUCUCAUGUCCGUCAUCCUCCCCGACUCCAAAGGGAACUUGGGCGACGUUGUGCUCGGCUACGACACCGUCGCUGAAUAUGUCGUAAGAUCGAUCCAUCGUAGUUUACAUGGAUGGAUGUAUACUGUCUUGUGUGAAACUGAAACUGUGGAUAAUGUGCAGAACGGCAGCGCCUACUUCGGGGGUCUGAUCGGCCGCGUGGCCAACAGGAUCGCCGGCGCUCGGUUCGUGCUGGACGGCAAGGCCUACCGCCUCUACCGCAACGACGGCAACAACUCGCUUCACGGUGGCCACCGGGGGUUCAGCAAGGUGAUAUGGACGGUGAAGGAGCACGUCGGCGGCGGCGACUCACCGUACAUCACGCUCUACUACCAUAGCUUCGACGGGGAGCAAGGGUUUCCGGGCGACCUGGACGUGUACGUGACGUACCGACUCUCGUCCCCGUACGCGCUGAGCGUGCGCAUGAACGCCACGGCGGCGGAGAGCAGGAGCAGGGCCACCCCGGUGAACCUGGCGCACCACGCCUACUGGAACCUGGGCGGCCACGGCAGCGGGCCCAUCCUCGGCGAGACGGUGCAGCUCUUCGCGUCGCGGUACACGCCGGUGGACGCCGCCACGCUCAUCCCGACGGGCGCGCUGGCGCCCGUGGCCGGCACGCCCUACGACUUCCGCGCGCCGGCGCCCGUGGGCGCGCGCCUGCAGCCCGACCUGCCGCACGGCCUCGCCGGCUACGACACCAACUACGCCGUGGAUCACGACGACGACGACGACGAUGGCGCCGCGCCGCCGUUGCGGCCGGUGGCGCGCGUCUGGGACGGCGCGACGGGGCGGGCCAUGGAGCUGUGGGCGGACCAGCCCGGGGUGCAGUUCUACACCAGCAACGGGCUCGCGGGCGUCAGGGGAAAGGGCGGCAGCGUGUACGGGCGGUACGGCGCGCUGUGCCUCGAGACGCAGGGGUUCCCCGACGCCGUGAACCACCCGAGCUUCCCGUCGCAGAUCGUCAGGCCAGGACAGGUGUACAAGCAUGACAUGGUCUUUAAGUUCUCCUUCGCCUAGCUUUCUAGCUACUUGCACAACAAAUGCGCGCAUGUGGUUCAUCUCUAGUGCUGUCACCGCGUGGUGUGUCAUGGUUAGACUCCAACUAGUCUCCAAGGACAUCCCCAAAUAAUAAUGUGCUGCGCAGUAUGAUGGUUUUAUAAUUUAGGAUAUGAAAACUACUGUAUUCACUAAGCUUUAAUUUCAUAUGCUGAAUAGGGUAUUUUGCAUUUUUA